AUGCUAGAAGCAAAGCAGGCUAAGAAACCGUGGAGAAUUUUCCAAUGUGACAGCUUGGUGACUAAACAAAAAAGCGAGAAAAAGCUGUUAAUCUUUGUCAUCUUCCUCUUCUUGCUCAUCGUUGUUGGUCUCAUCGUCAUCUAUCACUUCUACGAGGAGGAAUUAUAUUACGUUUACAAGGGACCAAAAAUCAUCGUCAAUGAAAAAACUCUUGACCUAUCUAUAAGCAAUUAUUUAGGAGAACAAGUAUUGAAAGGAACUCUAUGGAAAUCCAGGCCUAAAGACAAACUGCCAUACGAUUGUUCAGAAGCUGAAAGUGCAGCAGGUGAUCUUUGUUUACUUUGGAAGAACGCGCUGAAAUUGAACAUAAAAAACUUACAUGACCAAUCACAAAACACAUCUCAUUGCUACGAAAUUUCUAGAACAACUCUAGGUUGGGAUUUCGAUCAAGAAGACUGUUUCGCUAUUGGAGACUCUCAUUGGUUCGGCGGGGGAUUGAUAAAUAACUAUAAUUGGCCGUUAGAAAAAAUGUCAUUCAAUAAAAAACCGUUUCUCUCCGGCAAUUCUUCCCGUCGAGAUGUUUUUGGUCCAGUUUUGGAAAGAUAUUGGCUAAAUUCUAAAGGUGUUGCUAUAAUAGCCAAUGAUAAUUCAUCGCUGCACAUUAGCAUAAAUGCAAAAUUAUCUGCAGAUAGUAACAAAACAGACGGCCAAUUUUGUUUGUACGUUGAUUCAAAAACUGAAGACGAGGAUAACUUUGCUGACUUAAAAUACACAGUUUGUGUGGCACCUGACAUAAAAUCGGUCCAUAAAAUUGCCAUGCCCAUUGUUUUAGAUUUGAAUGUCAAACAAAAAUUGAAUUAUUCAGCACCAUUGUUUGAUGAGCAUUUCCUUUCAACAGGUCCAUAUUUCAAAAGUUCAUACGAUCAAAUCAAGCUGCUAUCUUUUGCUACUAACUACCACAACAAAUCGUACAAUUGUCGAACGUUACUAGUUGACGAUGGUUGGGAAUAUCAUUAUGGAGAUGUACUAUUUGACUCAAAUAAGUGUAAUGAUUCUAAGGGCCUUAUUAACCAACUGCACAUGCUCAACUUUAAAGUGUCUUUGGUGGUGCAUCCUCAAAUAAAUACGGAUAGUUCAUCAUUUCAUUACGCUACUCAAAAUGGUCUCCUCGUUAAAGAUUCAAGUGGCAGCGUUCCCGGUCUAACUAAAUGGAUUAGUGCUGGUGUGGCUGGAGUGUUGGACCUCUCAAAGAACGCGACAUCAUGGCAAUACUCAAGAUUGAAAGCUUUUCAAAAACAACAUUCCAUUGACCUUUACCAUUUUGCGGGCGGCGAAGUAUCAUCUUUGCCGGCCAAGCCUUUCUUCAAAGAUGCUAUGUUCGAUCUCAACCAAUAUACUCAAAGGUACGCAAAACUUGCAUCAAAAUUUGGUAAUUUUGUCCCAGUUGAAUCGGCUUACCGGUCGCAAAAAGAAUUUAUUUUGGUAAGGUUAACAAAACUUAAAUCAACUUGGAGCUCUCUAGACGGUCUAGGUUCUAUCAUACCAACUGCUUUUAAUCUCGGUCUUAUUGGCCAUAGAAUAUUUUUACCGGAGGCUUCUGGAGGUUAUUCCGUGCCAAGCGUUCCUAAUAAAGAACUUUUUGUUAGAUGGAACCAAUUAAAUGCGUUCAUGCCAUUCAUGCAUUUGUCUAUUCCACCGGACUACUAUGGACAAGAUGUCCUCGAAAACUGGCAGGCACUUAUAGAGUUGCGCAAAAAGUUGAUCAUACCAGAGCUAAUAAGAGCAUAUGAGACGACAGAUGUUACAGAGCCAAUCAUUAAACCAAUAUGGUGGCUUUCCCCGCAAGACCCAGAAGCCUUAAAAUGCAGGGACGAAUUUUUGAUUGGUGACAAAAUAUUAGUAGCACCGAUUCUGGAAGAAUUCAGCCAGUACAGAGAUGUGUACUUGCCAGUGGGACUCUGGGAAGAUAAAUUAAACGAUGAAGUUCACGUUGGUCCAAAACUUCUGAAAGCACUUUUCGUUCCAUUAAAAAGUAUCGCAUAUUUUAUAAAAAAGUAA